UCAAUUACUAAUCUUUUCCUGCUAUCUUCACCCAACAGGCUCUGCCACCUUCUUGCAGCAAAUAUUCUACUGGACCUGUUUGUACAGUUCUCUUCCCUGCUCUGCAAUGGUGAAAGAUUUUGAUCGGGCUUCUUAAUAUAUUGUCUUAGCUGAGACCCUUGAAAUUCUCAGAUCUUCGUGUAAACAAGAUGUUGGACAUAAGAGGUUGGGCAACAUACAUUGUUGAAUGGGCUGCUAAAGACCCCUAUGGUUUCCUUUCAACCGUGAUUUUGGCGCUAACCCCCCUAUUCCUAGCAAGUGCUUUGUUGUCAUGGAAACUGGCAAAAAUGAUUGAGGCCAGGGAUCGAGAGCAGAAGAAGAAACAAAAGCGUCAAGAAAAUAUUAGUAAAGUAAAGAGGGUAAAGAAGGAUUAAAAAUGUAACCAGCAAACCUUCCCUUUCUUGAACUGAAAUGCAGCUUUGUUUGACUAUUUCAGAUUCACAUUUAUAUUUGGCAAUAACUAAUGGACAACACCAUACCACAGUUACUGAUUCAUUGGACAUGUGCUUCUAUUCCCCAUGUUCUAUGUUUGGAUUUUAUGAUAUGCUUCAGAACUAAUUUUCUACUUGUGUACUAUUUGCUACUUGAAAUAACUGUAUACACUUGCAUUCCUCAUGUUCUUGAUUCAUAAAAUCUGGUUUUAUAACAAUGAACUCGCACAUUGCACUGAAGUGAACAUUUUCUGUUUGUCAGUAAUUCAUUCAUAAAAGCCAAUGCUUGAA